GUUUAUCUGGACCAUGUUGCACAACUGGGCAGAGCUUGUCUUGCUCAGUUGAGACCCUCUCUCCCCAGAAAGCCCUAAACUUCUCGGCAAAAAAGCUAUAUUAGACCUUGUCUUUUGACCAGUACCCAGCAUCUUCCAAUUAUCUUUUUGCGUCGCUUAGUCCAUCCAGCCGUCUCGCCCGGUGCUGUGCAUUGAACUGUAUAUAAUUGACCCUGUUCCUGCCGUUGUGUUUGGCUACUUUCUAUUUUUCCAUUCUCCAUGCCUCCUGUCCUCCCUCCUCCAUUAAUGGCGCUGCCACCCAACUUCAACCCAUUUGCGGGCACAACAACACCUAGCAUCGGCUCACGGACUUACUCAGGCAGCAGUGAUUCUGAUUCGUGGUCUCGUCACAGGUCAGUGGGAAAGAGUGACCCGGCGUCUGGCUUCUUGACAAGCUCAUGUCUGGCUAGCAGUGCUAUGUCUCAACAGUCGUCGAUCUACAGUUCCUCCUCAGGAGGUCACCCUGUCAUUUAUCAGCCAAGCACUAAGAGGGCGUUCCCCCCCCCUCGGGACUUUGGCGCAAGAGAAAUUCACCAGAUACCGGCUAGAGCCCCUGGAAAGUCAACCGACAUUGGAUACCCUGGCAUUCCUGUUACUGCGGAUAGCUUUGCUCGUUUCCCAGACAGUUGCGCGCACAUGUCAUUCCCCCGAGUUGGACCCCCUCCACACCCGGCAUCCGCCUACCGGGAAUGGGAGCAUCCAGCUCAUAUGUCAUCUGAAUAUCUCCAGCAUGAUCUUGAUAUGAACUCCAUGGACUCGCCCGAGUAUCUUGUGGAAAGGACCAACAAACGAGGUGCCGAUAAAGCCAAAGGCACCGUCAAGUAUCAUUCAUCCAGGCGGCCCUCCAACAGAGACGAGUUUGAUGGCCCCCAUCAGCUUUUGGAAAUGCCAACUCCACGGACUAUUGCUUCCCAGGAAAGGGAACUCCCCCAUCUACCUACUAAUCUUGAUGUAUCAGAGCAAGACCAAAUCUUGACCGCAGUCAAUGACCGGCUGUCGCAGUGCGCCUUUGACUUUGUGGCGAAAUACCAGUUCCCGAUUCCUCUUGAAGCGGACAAGAGACAGGUGAGGGUCCCCUCGGAUCGUGAAUGGACCGAGUGGGUCUAUCUUCUUAAACGGCUGGCGACCAAGCGUCGCAUUCCUGCCCGAGUUCUCUAUAACGGCCAGAUCAAACAGUUGGUAACGGUGCUGGAGAACUCUCUUGAAAUGAGACACGCCGCCAAACAUCAAUCCAGACCAGUCAAGGAUGAUCGAAACGUGCUGCAAUUGAUCUCCGCCGGUACCCAGGUCGCAAAAAUCUUGAAAGAUGCCGGCGCUAUGGAGGUCCUAGAUCGCCUUUACGUCGAUACGGAAAAGCGCAUUCAGGAUCGCCGCAGCCGCCGAGUAAAGUUCGCAACACCUUGAAGAACCUACCCGGAAAGUCAUAAUGCUGACGAUUAUACGUUCUCCAUGAUGUUGUGUUUUGAGGCCGUCCACUUCCAGCUCCAGGGACCAAGCCCGGAUUGAUCUUUAUACUGCCUACUGAGUUGGCUCAUCAUAGAAACGGAACCUGCAUCUCCCCUCCCCCUGGAGGAGACCUACUGAACCCCAAGGAAUGGAUAAACCUCCCGGCCUCUGUUUGGUCUUUGGAAUAAAUUGACAACAGCAACCUCAACCAACUACUCCCGGUUGGACGGAGGCGGACACCUGGCCCUCUUUGGGGCGACAAAAUGCAAACAAGAAAGCGAAAAAAAAAAAUCCAAAGUUCCCGGAUCCAACAGACCCUGUUGCCAUGGACUCUAUCUCCCUAUUUUAAGGCCACACCAACUACGGAGUUCAGUGAGAGAAGAACCUAUGCUGCC